AUGGCAUUUCACCAAUUCGGACUGCUGCCUGCAAAAGUCAGACAGCGUAUCUGGCAGCUCACCGUGGCAGAGGACGAGCGCGAGAUAUGCCUUCUCUGGCCUACCAAUCUCGACAUCGGCUAUAAAAACAGUCAAGUCUUGGAACGGCUGCCUCUAUUCCCGCUUACCGUAGACACGGCCUUUCCUACCGCUAUGCACGUAUGUCGCGAAUCCCGAGCUACGAUGCAAAGCGCCAGCAGUGGCGUGCGCUUCCGCGCCUCGGCGGCGGCGCAGUGCUCCGUACCGUUUCGCGCAUAUCAUCCAGCGCUAGACACACUCUACGUUGGCAGGGACUCGAUGCACCUUCUCAACAUGCCUACCAUGUUUGAGGCUAGUAGCGGUGUCCAUCCGACCCCGGAGCAAGUGAGCGCCAUGCAGCCUUGGUUUGAUACACUGAAGCAAGCCAAAUCGAUCGCCAUCGAGGGCCCUUACUUAGCUUCCAAAAUCGAAAAUCUCAUGGAUAUAAGCUGGGCAUCACUAAAAGCUUCUGGUCAAGACAACCCCCCGCCACACCCCAUAACCAUAGAGUAUGUCGUAGCAAGCUCUCAGUUCGACGAGAGCGUCGCUAUGCGAUAUCUCAACUUUAAACAGCCCGGACGACGGUGCAAGCUUGUUCCGCUGUCACCAGAAGCGCUGGACCGCGUCCGCAUCUACCCUACCCCUCUGGGCGACCGCGACGGCGACCCGGUGCCCGUUCCGCAGGCGAUUGCUGGGGCCCGCGAGAUAGCGUGUGACUACUACGGCGUCAUGCAGGGGGAGGAAGACUACAGAAACUCGCUCGAGAUUAAUCCCUGCACGUUUGUCGAGCGCCAACCUGAUGGGACUUGGCGUGAAUGCUGCCAGGAGCGCACGUAUAAGCCGCUCAAUGACAAUUUUGAGCUUUUCGGUUCGGGGCCACCGGUCCAGCUGCAGGAUAGGCCCGACCCAGAAGUAGUCAGGAUUCAUGACGUGGAUAUUGCCUUUGAGCCUUGGAUGGAUCCUCACACUGCAAUGCCAAGGGGUCCGUUGUGAUACGCCUGGGGAGGAAGCCACGAAGCGUUGUUGUUUCAGAUAGGCAAAAAGAAAGAAGAGAAUACACCAAUAUAUACAAAGGGACGUGAUUUCUGAAGAAGAUUGUUUGAAUAUAGAUAGCUUUUUUGUCGUCGACAACAUUCAUGGAGAAGAAACCACCCUUAUUAGCCAGCCAUAGUACGUAUCAUCAUAUAGUACAAGUUAUAGUUAAAAGGUAAAUAAAAAAAACCAAGUAAAUAGCAAUUAACUACUUAUUUACGCC